AUGGGGGGGGGGGGUGAGGAGGAGGAGCGGUAAGUGAAGGUUGAGAGUUUAUUCAGUCGCUGGAAACUGCAGACAGACAAGUUGUAACCAGACAAGUCUCUUUUUCCCUCCAACAAGAAGCAAGAAGAUAAAUCAUGGGUUCAGAAAUGGAGUUGACCUUCACCGAAGACCUCCAACUGACUGAGGUGAUGCGUUUGAGGGUGCAGUCGCUGCAGCAGAAAAGCCAAAAGAGGCAGGACGGUGAGAGGUUGCUCCUGCCUCAUGAAGCAGUCUACCGCUUGGACUUCAGUGAACAGGAGUUGACGUUCUCACACUGGAAUGUGACCCUGCAAGGGACAGGACGUUUCACGGUGACGGGCAUCUCACAGCUCUGGACGCCUGACCUGACCAACCUGAUGACCAGACAGCUGCUGGAACCCAUCGGCCAGUUCUGGAGGAACGCUGGUGAUCCAGAAGAUUUGCCAAUCAAAUGCUUGGAAGCAGACAUUCAAGAGUUCGGAGAGAGGAUAGCAGAGCUGGCCAAGGUGCGGAAGGUGAUGUACUUCCUGUUCGCCUACAAGGAGGGAGCAGAAAAAGAGAAGAUCUCCUGCUCGCUGGUCUUCAAGAAAAAUGAGUAACAAUCGAAUCAACGGACACCACAGCUAUGCUAACUUUGUUUCCUAAAACCCCAGGCAGGUUAGAAUCUGUGCAAAUCUCAUUCCUUUACAACUCUGUGAAAGCCUUUAAUGCAGUUUCUGUUCCCUACUCCAAGUGUGUUUGUAUUACAAAGCUUAGAUGAGGAAAAUUUACUAUUUAAAAUGUAGCUCUGGUAUGUAGUUUUACAUAAGUUGUCCGUUUUCAUUUGUCCUGCUGCGAGCAAAACCUGUCCAGAAACUAUCAAAGCAACAUUUGCCAGAUUGUUAGUUAUGCACUAAAAAAAUAUUGCUUGUUUGAUUCUGUCAGGUACAUGCACUAGAGUCCCAACAGUCUGAGACCACAUUGAAGAUCUGGGAUUCAAAAUACUAGUUUUAGGAUUUCAAAAAAAAGAAGGUUGUAAACAGAAAUGCUAUGAUUUAAAAUGCACACAAGAUUCAAGAUUCUGCAUCAUACCAGCUCGAGCGCAUGCUGUCUUUAAAGCAAAACGGGGAAAUACAAAAUGCAAAGAAAUUCAUGUACAUUUUGCUAUUCAGCUUUUUGUUGUUAGUGUAAUUUGUGAUAUGUAAUUCACUAAACGUAUGGAUCCCACUGUAUACAAUCCAAAUGUCAUUGUGCUGCUUUCUAUAGUCAAUGUGAGAGCACCCUUAGAGUCAAAUAAAAUCUUACUGUCAAA